AUGUCUGUCCAGUCCACUCCAUCUUCUGUCGCGCCGAUCCGCACUCUUGACAAGACCGGAAAUGUCAUUUCUACUGUUGGUUUCCAGAGAUUCGGCUUCGACUGUGAGGUCCCCCUAGACGUCCUCCGCGCUCUCUACCUCCGCCCCCACUACGUUAUCACCGCUGCGCCCGGCCAAAAUGGCCACUCCGAGAUCCAGGAAGAGGAGACUGAACACGCCAAGUUCACCGGGGCGUAUGGCGCGUAUCAAUCUAAAUCUAUCUUCCAUCCCGACACCCAAUCUAUCUCCUACACUACCCUCUCCCGCUUCCCCCCCGUCAAACUCCUCGCGCCCUCCCUGCGCAAGCGCAUCCUUGUCACCGGUGGCGCCGGCUUUGUCGGUUCUCAUCUGGUCGACCGCCUGAUGGUUCUUGGCCAUGAAGUCACCGUCCUCGACAACUUCUUCACCGGUUCCAAGACGACUCCGUUCAUGAUCGAAUGCGACCAGAUCUAUCAUCUUGCCUGUCCUGCUUCUCCGCCGCACUACCAGUUCAAUGCCGUGAAGACGAUCAAGACGUCUUUCAUGGGCACCUUGAACAUGCUUGGUCUUGCGAAGCGUACCAAGGCCCGCUUCCUCAUCACCUCGACCUCAGAGGUCUACGGUGACCCCGAGGUUCACCCGCAGCCCGAGGACUACUGGGGUCACGUCAACCCCAUUGGGCCCCGUGCAUGCUAUGAUGAGGGCAAGCGCGUCGCGGAAACCCUGACAUACGGCUUCCACCGCCAGGACGGCGUUGAUGUCCGUGUGGCGCGUAUCUUCAAUACCUACGGCCCCCGCAUGAACCCUUACGACGGUCGCGUCGUCUCCAACUUCAUCGUCCAGGCCCUCCGCGGGGAGGACAUGACCGUCUACGGCGACGGCAAGCAGACGCGUUCCUUCCAGUACAUCCACGACCUCGUCGACGGCCUCAUCGCGCUCAUGAACUCGGACGAGACCCGGCCGGUGAACAUCGGCAACGGCGACGAGUUCCAGAUCGGCGAGUUCGCCGAGCUCGUCCGCGAGAUCGUCGAGAAGGUCCAGACCGAGGACGGCCAGCCGCCCGAGCGCCGCGUGAGCAUCAUCCACAAGCCGAUGCCCAUGGACGACCCGCAGAAGCGCCGCCCGGACACGACGCGCGCGAAGGAGGUGCUCGAGUGGCAGCCGCGCUGGACCGUCCGCAUGGGCCUCGAGGAGAUGGUGCGCUACUACAAGGCGAAGAUGAUCGAGGGUAGCCUCUAA